AUGUCGUUAGAAUACGCUCGCGUUGGUAAUAUUGAAGAUAUCACGUCAAUCGGUUCAACCACUAGCUUUCUACAGGCCACAGCAGCUGAGGUUAGAUCAACACGAGUAAACUGGCAAUCUUACCUUCAAGGACAAAUAAUUAAUGAUGAGCAGUAUUCAUUCAUAACACGACUUGAUAAUGCUCCCACUGCGGAAGCACGAAAUCAUGUAAUAAGGGCUGAUGAAAACAUGACCGCUAGGGUUUUUAUAUUUAUCCUAAAUAAAAUCUCAAAAGAACAAACAUUACGAUAUAUCCUUACACUUAUUGAUGAUAUGCUUCAGGAAGACAAAUUACGUGUUGAAAUCUUUCGUGAUUACUUCUCCAAGUCAAAAGAAUCACUUUGGUCUCAUUUUUUCGGAUUUUUCCAAAGAGGGGAUCCUUUCUGUAUGUACCAAGCUUCCCGGAUAAUUGCAAAGUUUGCAUGUUGGUCUUCCCAACUUAUGGAGGAAAAUGACUUGAUUUAUUAUUUAAAUUGGCUACGUGAACAACUGACAAUAACCAAUAAUCAGUAUGAUCAAACUGUGGCUCGAAAUCUUCAAAUGAUGCUUCGUAUCAGAGAGUACCGUGCUCAAUUCGCUAAAGUCGGAGGAAUCGAGACCAUUGGAGAUGUUUUACAAGAAAAAUCAACUAGUCGUCAGUUACAAUAUCAGUUAAUUUUUUGCUUAUGGUGUAUGAGUUUUGAUUCAAUUCAUGUAACUGAUAUAUGUAAGAAUUCUGCAUUAUUGGCUACUGUAGCUGAUAUUUUCCUUGAAGCAGAUCGAGAAAAAAUCACUAGAAUUUCAUUGGCAUUCUUUCGUAGUAUUUUAGAAAAAUUACCUACAAACGCUGAACAAAGAGAUUGUGGCUUACGCUUAGUUCAAUAUAAAGUUUUAAAAGAAUUAGAAUUGCUUAAUCAAAAAGAUUUUAGUCAUGAUCCUGAACUAACUGAAGAUAUUGCAUUCUUAAAUGAGAAAUUAUCGGCUAGCAUUCAAGAUGUAAGUAGUCUUGAUGAAUAUAUGGCUGAAUUAAAAUCUGGUCGAUUAGAAUGGUCACCUGUUCAUAAAUCAGAAAAGUUUUGGUAUGAAAAUGCAGUAAAAUUUACAGAUAAUAAUUAUGAAAUGUUGAAAAUGUUAGUACGACUAGUCGAACUGGGUACUGAUCCAUUAACAUUAUCUGUGGCUGUACACGAUAUUGGAGAGUUUGUAAGACAUUAUCCACGUGGUAAACAAAUAAUUGAAACACUUGGCGGUAAACAGUUAGUGAUGGCUUUACUACAGCAUGAUGAUCCAAAUGUUCGUUAUAAUGCACUAGUUUCAUUACAAAAGAUAAUGGUACAUAAUUGGGAAUAUUUGGGUAAACAAUUGGAUUCAGUUCAAAGUACUGAUGUGAAAUCAACUGGAGUAAAAGUAAAGUAG